AUGCGGCUCUACCCUCUGGCCUGGCUUUCUCUUGCUGCUUGCACAGCUUGGGGGCACCUGUCCUCACCACCUGUGGUGAACACUGUUCAUGGCAAAGUCCUGGGGAGGUACUUCAGUUUAAAAGGAUUUGCACAGCCUGUGGCCGUCUUCCUGGGAGUCCCCUUUGCCAAGCCUCCUCUUGGCUCCCUGAGGUUUGCUCCACCACAGCCUGCAGAGCCCUGGAGCUUUGUGAAGAACACCACCUCCUACCCUCCUAUGUGCUCCCAAGAUGCAGUUGGAGGACAGGUACUCUCAGAACUUUUCACCAACAGAAAGGAGAACAUCCCUCUACAGUUUUCUGAAGACUGUCUCUAUCUGAAUAUAUACACGCCUGCUGACUUGACAAAGGACAGCCAGCUGCCAGUGAUGGUGUGGAUCCACGGAGGCGCACUGGUAGUGGGUGGAGCAUCCACCUAUGAUGGACUGGCCCUCUCUGCCCACGAAAAUGUGGUGGUGGUUUCCUUUCAGUACUGCCUUGGCAUUUGGGGAUUCUUCAGCACAGGGGAUGAACACAGCCGGGGUAACUGGGGUCACUUGGACCAGGUGGCUGCACUGCGCUGGGUCCAAGACAACAUUGCCAAGUUUGGGGGCAACCCAGGCUCUGUAACCAUCUUUGGAGGGUCAGCAGGAGCUUUCAGUGUCUCUGCUCUUGUGCUUUCUCCUCUGGCCAAGAACCUCUUCCACAGGGCCAUUUCCCAGAGUGGUGUGGCCCUCACUGCUGCUCUGUUUACAGAAAAUGUCAAGCCUCUGGUUGCUAAUCUUUCUGGAUGUAAAACGACCACAUCAGCUGUUAUGGUCCAUUGUUUGCGCCAGAAGACAGAGGAAGAACUCAUGGAGACCUCACAAAGAAUGAAACUUUUAAAACUGGACUUACUUGGAAACCCAAAAGAGACCUAUCCCUUCCUCCCUACUGUGGUCGAUGGGGUGUUCCUGCCAAAGACUCCAGAAGAGGUCCUGGCUGAGAAGAGCUUCAACACUGUCCCCUACAUGGUGGGCAUCAACAAGCAAGAGUUUGGCUGAAUCCUUCCAAUGCGUAUGGGGCAUCAAAUCUCUGAAAACAAACUGGACCAGAAGACGGCCAAAUCCCUCUUGUGGCAGUUCUACCCAAUACUUAAAAUUCCUGAGAAUCUGAUUCAAGUGGCUGCUGAUAAGUAUUUAAAAUGGACAGACGACCCUGCCAAAAAGAAAAACAUGUUCCUAGACAUAUUUGCAGAUGUGAUAUUCAACAUCCCAUCAGUGAUGGUGUCUCGUGGCCACAGAGAUGCUGGGGCUCCCACCUACAUGUAUGAGUUUGAGUAUCGCCCAAGCUUUGUAUCAAACAUGAGACCCAAGGCAGUGAUAGGAGACCACGGUGAUGAACUCUUCUCAGUAUUUGGAUCUCCGUUUUUAAAAGACGGCGCCUCAGAAGAGGAGAUCAAUCUCAGCAAGACGGUGAUGAAAUUCUGGGCCAACUUUGCUCGCAAUGGUGAUGGGUCAAAAGAGCUCACUCAGGAGAUCCCUCUGAACUUGAUGAAAUCUCACCUGAAGGACUUCCAGAGGAAAGCGCAGGCGUCUGGAGAACACGUUUUUGCAUUGUCUCCUUUAGAGAAGCCUUCUCAUGGAUGGAACCCAGAAGGAGGGGGACUGGAUGAGAAAGGUCUCACCAUGGGUGGAACCCAGAAGGAGGGGGACCAGAUGAGAAAAGUCGCCAUCAUGGACAGAACCCAGAGGGAGGGGGACCGGAUGAGAAAAGUCGCCAUCAUGGACAGAACCCAGAGGGAGGGGGACCAGAUGAGAAAAGUCGCCAUCAUGGACAGAACCCAGAGGGAGGGGGACCGGAUGAGAAAAAUCGCCAUAAAAUCCCCAAAGCUUGAAUACUCUACAAGAGAUGAUGUUUUUCAGACACAAGCCAACUUGGGCAUCGUGUUAGCAGCUGCUUCGUGCCCUCUUCAUAGCCAAGAAGAGGAAAAUAAUUUAGAAACCGAGAAAUAUGUCUUUGGGAAUGACCCUGUGAUUAUUGAAGACGUUUUCCCUGUCGUACAGCUGGAUUGGGACCUAAGUUCUGGUGAAGGUAGGAAGUCUCUCAACCACUUUCACCAGACUCUGUAA